UUUAUUUAUUCUUAGAUCGUUUCUCGCGAUUAGUUGUCUACUUUCAAUAAUUUCUAAGGACUACACAGGUGGUCUGUGCGUUUUUUUUUUUUCUGGGGGCAGUGCGCCUCCUGAGGCUCCGCUCCUUAAGGACCUCAAAGUUUCCCCAUGUGAUUCACUGAGUCGCAACUGUUGCACUGAGUUGUCAUUCAGUUAAGCGUGCAGCCCGACCAGCGGACACCUCCAACAUGACUCCAUCUGAUUCUCAGCUUGCACAUUUAGAGCUCCCUCUUUUGGAUUUCUCCACUUUUUUGUCACACAAGUGAAGCACUCGGGAAGAAAUGGGACUUAUUUCUGUCCGGAGUCGCUCUCUGAGGAAAGGCUGAUUAACUUCACGGAUGAAUCGGGGGACUGAGGACGUUUGAACACUGUAGCUCAUCAUUAUGGAUGAAACAUCAGCCUCAACAGGGAAUACAAACAACCGGGAGGCUCUUUAAGAAGGUGACUGGAGACUUACAAGAUUGGCAGUACCCAUUACGAAGAAGUCUGUAAAAGCAUAUCCAGGCAUCCAAGAAUGAGGAUCAAAUACACAAUAUCCGUCGUCUUUUUUGUGACACUUGUUAUCAUUGAGAAAGAGAACAACAUUUUAUCAAGGGUGUCAGAUAAGCUUGCCUUAAAACAAACCCCUCAGACCCCACUGCAGCCCAGUGGUUCCUUCAACAUACUGCUGAAGAACAAUGGUUCCUUUACCUCCCUUGGUAAGAUGGACUCUGCCUUCACGUUGAUGAAGCGACGUCUGGAGAACUACAGCGAGCACCAAGAGAUUUUGACGAGGGGCAAGAAGCACAUCCUCUUGUUGGCCACCACUAGGACAGGCUCCUCGUUUGUCGGCGAGUUCUUUAACCAGCAGGAUGACAACAUGUUCUACCUGUUUGAGCCGUUGUGGCACGUAGAGAAGAUGUUAACCCUGAAGACAGGUGGCACCAAUGCCACAGCGUCUGUAGAGGCAUACCGUGACGUCCUCCAGAAGCUCUUCCUGUGUGACUUCUCCCUGCUGGAAAGCUUCAUUGAACCCCUUCCUGUGGACCACAUCACCCCAAACCUCUUUCGUAGAGAGUCCAGCAGCUCUUUGUGUGAGGAGUCCGUCUGCAGCCCUGUUGUCAAAGGGGUCUUUGAACGUUAUCGCUGCAAGACCAGACGCUGUGGACCACUAAAUUUGACUAUGGCAUCACAGUCCUGUCUUCAGAAGGAACACAGAGCCAUCAAGUCAGUGAGGGUGCGCCAACUGGAGACCCUUCGUCCCCUGGCAGAGGAUCCUCGCCUUGACGUAAGGUUCAUCCAACUGGUUCGGGAUCCUCGGGCUGUUCUAGCCUCGCGUAUGGUGGCCUUUGCUGCCAAAUACAAGAACUGGAAGCAGUGGGCUUUGAACGGGGAUGUGCCCAUUGAUGAUGAUGAGGUGAGGAAGCUGAAAGGGAACUGCCAAAACAUCGCAAUGUCUGCAGGGGUCGGCCUCAGGCAGCCAUCGUGGCUGCGAAGGCGAUACAUGCUGGUGCGGUACGAGGACAUUGCUCGGUUCCCAAUGAGGAAGGCGACAGAGAUGUAUAGGUUUGCUGGAAUCCCAUUCACUCCACAAGUAAAAUCUUGGAUUCUGAAAAAUACCCAAGCCUCAAAAGAGGCCAGUGGUGUUUACUCUACACAAAAAAACUCCUCAGAGCAAGUCGAGAAAUGGAGGUUUAGUAUACCAUUCAAAAUAGCCCAGGUUGUCCAGAGGGUUUGUGGACCAACGAUGAAGCUCUUCGGGUAUAAACUUGUUAGCAGUGAAGAAAUGCUUACAAAUAAGUCUAUCAGUUUGAUUGAGGACAAAGUGUUCAACUUUGUAUAGACUUUGACAAAGCUGAACCCUGAUACAGUCAACAUCAACCUUUCAGAAAACUCUGAUAUGACUGAUAUUUCUAUCGGGGUCUUUUAUUCUAAUACAGAGAGCUUUAUUUUUUUCUGGUCAUGUGCUAUUUAAAGUUUUUUACUAUUUAAAAUAGUGUGAAGAAGACAUGUAUUGCUGAGCAGAAAAUACAUGUAAAGCUUUCUACUCUUAUUGGAAGGUUUAUGAGACAUUAUUUUGACCUUCAUGUGGUUAUACCAUGAUGGAAACAGAAAGGUAUCGUCGUUUUUGCACUAUUUUCUCUCUCCAAAUUAAACUAUCAUUGGCUUGUCUUGCAAGCCAGUCCAAAUUAAAUGUUUAAGCAACUACAGGAGAGUCCUAUGUGAGAUAUUUGUGAGUUUGUGAACAAUAACGAGUUGUCUCAAACACCUCCAGGAGCCUCAGUUAGUUGUAUACAUCAACAGAUGACACAGCAAUAAAAUGCUGUUUUUACACCAAAGAAACUUGAAGUGAAAAAUGUUCAUGCACAGCCAAAAAUAUUUUGUAAAACCAAUUUUAUGGCAGGACAUUUUAAUGCAUGAGAUUAAGUAGUAAUAUCCAAUGCAUCAUUCAUUUCUUUUUGCAAAACUUUAUGACUCCAGCUCUGAAUGUGCUCCAUAGGUUCUUUCCCUUUAGUAGGGGUACUUUUCUUGCACAACUAUACUGUAUUUUGCUGUACAUGCAUGUUUAUAAUUGGCCAAAAGCUGUUUGAAGUUGUCCUCAGGACUGUAAGGACGUAUUCUGUAAAAACAGAUGUUUACACUGCCAAUGUAUGCAUGCAUUCCAACUGCAGCUGGUUUGCAGGAUUGUGUGAGGUUUGUCGGCAGCUUUCUGUCUGUUGACACAAGUCUGUUGGCUGGUGAUAAAAAGAGGCCCUGAUACUCUGGCCUGCCAGACUGUUUGCUGAUGUUCCAGUCUGUUCCUUUUGCAUUUUGUUUGUCGCAAUAAACGUUCUUUUAUGUUAACUGUAAAA